AUGAAGAUAGAUUCUUCGGUGGCAAAGGCUUCUAAGAGUAGGAGUAGAGAGUCACUACUAGGUCUACUGUCUAUAUCUAUGUCUACUGCUGCUGUCCUCUAUACAGGCUGUCACUGUCACUGCUGUCACUACUCGUACUCACUGUCCGAAGCUUGCUGGGGAUGGGCUGUGGAUGGGCAUUGGGAUGGAUACUGCGUGUCCAUGUUUGCUUUUUCAGCGCGAGACAAUAGCAUUGAGAAAGUCGAGAGACGAGGGACGCAGCAGAAGACGCAGAAGACGGACCAGAAGGCAGACGCAGACGGACGAACUGAGAUCGUCGGUGGUCGGUGA